AUGAGUACUCCACAGCUGGACGAGUUGCAAUGGAAAUCGCCUGAGUGGAUCCAAUCGUUCGGUCUUCGGACUGACAAUGUGCUAGAUUAUUUUGCCGAGUCUCCGUUCUUUGAUAGAACUUCUAACAACCAAGUUGCCAAGAUGCAACAGCAAUUUGCACAACCACGACCUGCAGGGCCUGGCGGGCCUGCUCUUGAAGUGCAGGAUCCCGACCCUCACCGAAGAUUUAUUUUGGCAAACUAUGUGGUGCACGCAUUGUGGGAAACGGAGCUCCGAAAAUUGAAAGGCGUAGAGUACGUUCUGGCCUACGUGAGAGAACCCGAUUUCUGGAUCAUUCGAAAACAAAACAGAUCAAGCCCCAGUGAAACCACACCGCUACAAGAGUAUUUUAUCAUUGGUGCUAAUGUAUACCAGUCACCAACGCUUCUAAAAAUUAUUCAAAGUCGAUUACUCUCCUCCAAUCUGCAUUUAUCAAAAGCUCUUGCCAAUCUCAGACGAAUGAGCAAUUUCCAACCCUCCCAGGGCGGAAGAUUUGUCAAAACUGCAUACCAGGCAGUAGCUUCCAACUCCCAGCAGACCACCGCCGUACAGAGCACUACGAGUGGCUCCAAUUCGGCUGCCAAUACAGGGCCUACAACUGUCAAUGGUCAAUCCGUUCUGACCGGAUCGGUAGACCCAAUAAAUUCUGCCGGCUCCCAUUCCAGCACGAUGGACGAGGCUCUCAUGGACAAGCUGUUGGCCACGAGUAUGAAGUCCACCACGGUUUAUCUCUAA